AUGAGCCAAGAACCGAUCGAUGUCCUGCUGGUCGGACUAGGCGCCGUAGGCGGCAUCUAUGCCUACGUCCUCGAGAAAUCAAAACGAUGCAGAGUCACCGCCAUCACUCGAUCACUCUACAACUCAAUCCAAACUCAUGGCCUCACCAUCAACUCGGAAAAGUAUGGCCAAACCAAACACUGGAAACCGUAUCGUCUCGUUCGAUCUGCCCAAGAAGCUGUCGACCGGAACUAUCGUUUCAUCAUCUGCUGUGUCAAGUGUUUACCUGAUGUGGAGCCUACUUCAUCCAUCCUCGCCCCAUUCUUACUACCCUCUCAUCAACAAAAACUGGCAUCAACUCAUCCUCCACCGACAGUGGUACUGAUCCAGAAUGGGAUCGGGAUCGAACAAUCAUUGGCCGAAGCUUUCCCCUUGAUUCACAUCAUCAGUUGUGUAGCAUGGAUUGGCGCCAACAUGAUCAGUCCACCACCGGCACCCGAGAAACUCUCGAACCCACAACUCCAGCCGAAAUCGAUCGGCCCAAUCAUCGAACAUGGACCGCAGGAUCGUUUAGUUUUCGGCCUCUAUGAGGGCGAAGGUUUCGCCCAAAACUAUAUCAGUCAACCCCAUGACUCUAACCCCGGUCCCUGUAAUCGCUACGUCGAGGGUCUUCUGGCUGAAGACGGUUCCCCUCUCACCGGAACCGCUCGUGACUCAAACUUCAGAACGAUCAUGACUGCCGGCGGAUGCGAGGCUGAAGCUUUAGAUUACAUCCAACCUGCUAGAUGGGCGAAGAAUUUAUGGAAUGGUGCAUUCUCGACCAUGUGUACAUUAUCUCGUGCAUCAGUAGCUCAAUUGACCGCACCUGAAGUGUUACCAUACACACUACCAGCGGUCAGAAGAACCAUGCUAGAGAUUUUAUACGUCGGUCGAGCGCUUGGUUAUCGAGAGGCAGAAUUCCCUGCCAAACUGGUAGAUGAAGCGAUCAGCUUUACGAUCCAACAUUAUCAAGCCAAGGGGCCCAAGGACCCCAAAACACAAGAAUCUAAACCCCAGAGCCAGCCCUCUCACUCCGACCAAAAGCUCAGUUCUCAGUCAGCAACAACCGAUGUCUUCGAAGAUGAUGAUGAGGAGGAGGAAGAAGAAAAAGAGGUCGAUGAGCUCAAGAAAAGUGGAGCUCCUCCUAAACCUGCGUUCAAACCUAGCAUGUUGAUCGAUGUGGAGAUGAAUCGACCGAUGGAACUCGAGCCGAUCGUCGGCGCGGUCUUGGAUCGAGCCCGAAGCAAAGCCAUCGAGACCCCACGACUAGACCUAUUGUACUCGGUAUUGAAGGUCUUACAAGAGCAGGCCGUCAGCCAACAUGCGGCCAAACUGAAGACCCAACAAGAAGAGCAACAUUUGCACCAUUGGGCGAUGAGGAAGCCAUCGAUCGGCGGCUCGGGCACCUCGGACAGUCGGCAAGCUUGGCUCGAUGAAGUCCAACGACGCGCCCGUCUAGGCGAUCAGUCUGAGCCUAACAAUCCCCACAACAACAAUCAUCAUCAUCAUCAUCAUCAUCAUUCGGCUCUCAUGACCCCUAUUAAACCUUCCAUCGAAAGGAAGGUUACCGGGAAACCUUUGGCUUGA